UGCACUCGCUAGUGAAUCAGUAGGAAGAAGGGCUUAGUGGAGGCUUCCCGCCACUCAACGUUCACUCUUCCCGCCAUUUGCCAGGACCACUAUAUAUACCGUCUCCGCUUCCACAGAGUUUAUUCUUCUCAUUCAUUCCCACAUAUACUCUAUUUGCCACUGGCCACCAUUCUCUUCUCCAUUUACAGUCGCCAUAAAUGGCUUCUUCUCGCCGCUCCAGCAAUGGCAGAUCUCCGCUAGUCAAUCAACAGAGCCAAAUCACUUCUUUCUUCUCUAAAGCGACUUCUCCUUCCCCAUCACCUCUUGUCCCUAAAAAAGUUCCAAUCAAAUCUAACCCUAACCCUAAUACAAAACCUAAACUUAAAUCUAGUCCUAGUACCAGUCCUUGUGCCAGUCCUACGACACCUUUGCCUCUACAGGUGAAACGGAAGAUAACUGCACCUAUUUCUGCCAUCGUUGACCUUAAGCCAUCGUACGGGCAAGAGAUAGUGGGCAAAAGAGUUAAGGUUUACUGGCCAUUGGAUAAAACUUGGUACGAAGGCUGUGUAAAGUCUUUCGACAGUGCUUCUGGCGAGCAUUUGGUUAAGUAUGAUGAUGACGAUGAGGAAAUGAUCGAUUUAGCUGAAGAAAAGAUCGAAUGGGUAGUCGAGGCACCCACGAAAAAGUUGAGACGGUUGCGGAAGUCUUUGGUGGUGGAAGAAGCUGAGGAGGAGGAAGAGAAAUUGGAGGAUUUGGAGAGCGUUGAGGAUGAUUCUGAGGAUGAAGAUUGGGGAAAAAAUGCGGAUAAACAAGUGUCUGAAGACGAGGAUGUUGAUGAGGAUAUGGACUUGGAGGUUGAGGAAGAUGCUGCUGCUGGAUCGAGAAGCAGGAAAGCGAGUGCGGAUAAGGUGGUGGUGUCGAGGAAGCGGAAGAGUGGUGAAGGGGUGAAGUUAAGUUCGAGUUCGAGCAAGAAGAGUAAGACUGUUGCAGAUAAGAGGAGUGCUAAUAGCAAGGUGGACAAUGCAGUGAAUGGAGUAAAUGGGAAAGAGCUUGUUAAAACCAAUGAGGAUUGUGUCAGGCCAAUCAACAAUGAUAAUGUACUGCUGUGUGGUGCAGUAGAUAGAUUUGGACAACGUGAAGCAGAGAAAUUUCCUUUCCUUGGGAAAAAUAGGAAGGACGCUAAUAGGAGAUCCCCUGGAGAUGCCAAUUAUGAUCCAAAGACUCUUUACCUACCUCCUAAUUUUUUGAAAGGUUUAACUGGUGGUCAGAGACAAUGGUGGGAGUUCAAGUCGAAUCACAUGGAUAAAGUUCUGUUUUUUAAGAUGGGAAAGUUCUAUGAGCUUUAUGAGAUGGAUGCACAUAUUGGAACCAAGGAACUUCAUUUGCAGUACAUGAAGGGAGAACAACCCCAUUGUGGAUUUCCAGAAAAGAACUUCUCAAUGAAUGUAGAGAAGUUGGCGCGAAAGGGUUAUAGGGUUCUUGUGGUUGAGCAAACAGAGACACCUGAACAGCUUGAGACUCGUCGAAGAGAGAAGGGAUCUAAAGAUAAGGUUGUCAGACGUGAAAUAUGUGCAGUGGUCACUAAAGGAACAUUAACUGAGGGAGAAAUGCUCGCGGCAAACCCUGAUGCUUCAUAUAUGAUGGCAGUGACUGAAAGCUCUCAAACCGCUGUAUUGCAAGGGAAGCGUACUUAUGGUGUCUGUAUGGUGGAUAUCACCACAAGCAAGGUUAUUAUUGGACAGUUUGAGGAUGAUUCAGAUUGUAGUGCCUUGUGUUGUCUGCUUUCUGAGUUAAGACCGGUGGAAAUAAUAAAGCCAGCUAAAUUGCUUAGUCUUGAGACUGAGAGAGUACUGCUGCGGCAUACACGAAAUCCUCUGGUAAAUGAGUUGGUUCCUGUCUCUGAAUUUUGGGAUGCUGAGAGAACCAUUUGUGAGGUGAAGGCAAUCUAUAGGAACAUGAGCAGUCCACAGCUGUCAUCAUCUCCAAAUGAAAUGGAAUCACAUGAAAGCACUACCUCAGAGGAAUAUGGUGAAAGGAACCUUCUACCAGAUGUUUUAUGUGAGCUUGUAAAUCUUGGUGGGAAUGGGAGUUAUGCACUCUCAGCACUUGGAGGAGCUCUAUACUACUUGAAGCAAGCUUUUCUGGACGAAUCCCUGCUCAAAUUUGCAACAUUUGAACCGCUUCCCCUUUCUGGUUUUUGUGACAGUACUCAAAAACCUAAUAUGGUUCUUGAUGCAGCUGCGCUUGAGAAUCUUGAGAUAUUUGAGAACAGUCGAAAUGGAGAUUCUUCAGGGACAUUAUACGCUCAAAUCAACCAUUGUAUCACAGCAUUUGGGAAAAGGAUGCUCAGGUCAUGGCUUGCAAGACCCUUAUAUCAUCCAGAGUCCAUAAGAGAACGUCAGGAUGCUGUAGCCGGAUUAAAGGGGCUCAAUCUACCUUUUGUUCUUGAGUUUAGAAAAGAGUUGUCAAGGCUUCCUGAUAUGGAACGGUUGCUUGCACGCCUCUUUGGUAGCAGUGAAGCAAAUGGAAGAAAUGCAAAUAAAGUGAUUUUAUACGAGGAUGCAGCAAAGAAACAACUGCAAGAGUUUGUGUCUGCUUUACGUGGAUGUGAAUCAAUGGUGCAUGCAUGCUCUUCACUUGGGGUGAUCUUGGAAAACACAGACUCAAAGCUACUAUGUCAUCUAUUAACACCAGGUAAAGGUCUUCCAGAUGUAGAUUCAAUUCUCAAGCAUUUCAAGGAUGCUUUUGAUUGGGUAGAAGCAAAUAACUCGGGCCGAAUUAUACCUCAUGAGGGGGUUGAUGAGGAGUAUGAUGCUGCAUGUAAACAAGUGCAGGAGAUUGAACUUAAAUUAUCCAAGCACUUGAAGGAACAGAGGAAACUGCUUGGAGACUCAUCAAUAGAUUACGUGACUGUAGGAAAAGAUGCAUACCUUUUGGAAGUACCAGAAUGUUUGUGCAGGAGCAUUCCGAAGGAGUAUGAAUUACAGUCAUCGAAAAAGGGUUAUUUCAGGUACUGGAAUCCAGUCUUAAAGAAAUUAAUCGGAGAGCUCUCACAAGCUGAUUCAGAGAAGGAAUCUAAGCUAAAAAGCAUUUUGCAGAGGUUGAUAGGACGGUUCUGUGAACAUCAUAAUAAGUGGAGAGAAUUAGUUAGUAUCACUGCAGAAUUGGAUGUUUUAAUCAGUUUAUCAAUUGCGAGUGAUUACUAUGAGGGACCAACAUGUCGUCCAAACAUCAAGUCAGUGCCAAGUGAAGAUGAUGUGCCAGUUCUUCAUGCUGAAAAUUUAGGACAUCCUGUUCUUAAAAGUGAUUCUCUAGAUAAGGGAACCUUUGUUUCCAACAAUGUUUCCCUUGGCGGUCCUCCAAAUGCAAGCUUUAUCCUUCUUACUGGUCCUAACAUGGGAGGGAAAUCCACUCUUUUGCGCCAAGUUUGCAUGGCUGUAAUUUUGGCCCAGAUAGGAGCUGAUGUACCAGCAUCAUCCUUUGACUUAUCACCCGUUGAUCGUAUAUUUGUAAGAAUGGGGGCCAAAGAUCAUAUUAUGGCAGGCCAGAGUACAUUCUUGACAGAACUCUUGGAAACUGCUUCAAUGCUGUCUUUGGCGAGCCGUAAUUCACUCGUCGCACUCGAUGAACUUGGUCGCGGUACAUCAACUUCCGAUGGACAAGCAAUAGCUGAAUCAGUUCUCGAACACUUUGUCCACAAGGUGCAAUGCCGAGGAAUGUUUUCUACCCACUAUCAUCGAUUAUCUAUUGACUAUCAGAAAGAUUCCAGAGUGUCACUGUGCCAUAUGGCAUGCCAAGUUGGGAAAGGGUCCGGAGGUCUUGCGGACGUUACUUUCCUAUACAGGUUGACACCAGGUGCAUGUCCUAAAAGUUAUGGUGUCAAUGUGGCACGGCUGGCUGGACUUCCUGAUGGUGUGCUUCAGAGAGCUGCUGCUAAAUCUGAAGAGUUUGAAAUUAAUGGCCACAAUAAGCAAUUUGAAGAGAACUCGUAUGGGAAUUUGACAAGAAAGGCAGCAGCACUUGUGCAGAAUUUGAUGAAUUUCGUUAUUACUGAGAAAUGUGAAGACAAUGAAGGUGUGGUUCUUUCUGAGUUGAAUGGAUUGCAAAGGAGAGCAAGAAUACUCCUUGAACAAAAUUGAAAAAGAAAUCUUAAUGUACAGCUUCUAAUCCUGUAUGGGCAUUCUUAUUCCCUAGUGUUCUGGACCACUCUAUUGCAACUAUUUUCCGUUGCCAAUUUUGUAUAGAAACAUGCUAUGGCAAUGUUUCCUCCUUGAUUAAGGUUGCUAUUAGAGUUUUACAAAAGAAAAGAUGUUACUAAGCCAGUUUUUUUCUC